CCAUUAUAGAUUUUCGUACUGCUAGUAAAUAUCGGAGCACAGCCAUAGAUGUUUGAAACGCUUGAAACUACAUAUUGAGAGAGAAAAAAAGAAAACAAGGAUAAGUUACUCCAUAAGUGUUUUUGAUCCUGUCACUCUGCCAUAAUAAUAAAAUACUUAUGCUCAUUUUACUCGUUUUGUAACAACUGCAACAUGACAGACGCGAAGAGUUUAAAGGAAGCCAUCGAGCAGUAUGAAGUUCAGCUGUCACAAGUAAAUACAACAUUGUCUGCGACGCCAAUGGGCUCUAACAGAGACAGUUUACUCAGUCUAAAGUCUGACAUUGAAGAAUUGAUCUCUUUGACAAAAGAAAGUUUGCAAAGCCUUGAGGAAAAUAAUGCAGAAGACAGGGGUGAAGAUGAAGAUUCUGAUGACAAGACGGAAGAUCCAUUAGACAAGGAAUAUGCUUUGUUCAAGGCAGAAUUGGAACAAUCUUCAGAUGAUGAAGAAAGUACCAAGGAGGAUAAUAGGACUGUCCCAACCACUAGUGGCAUUGAAGAUGAAUUAAAGCAACUAGAGGGAAUGAAAUGCAAGGCCCCUUAUGGCAGUAGUUGGGGUGGUACUGGUUAUCAUAAUGCUAUGGUAUGUUCUGUUUAUGGAAACAGUAAUGAAGAGAUCAAAGAUAUCCAUGACAUUAAGAUCCGGGUCUUCUUUCUCAAUCCAACGCACAAGGAAAUGAUUCCAUGCCCGUACUUUCUUGAUGGAAGUUGCAAGUUUUCCGAUGAGAAUUGUCAUUAUUCUCAUGGCGAAAUCGUGGCAUUUUCGAGUUUGCAAGAAUACAAGGAUCCUGAUUUUCACAACAUCAAAAUGGGUAGCCGAGUAUUAGCCAAGCAAAAAAAUAACAUGUGGCAUAGGUCCGUUGUUUUAAAACUACCUGAGAAAGAGGAGGGUGAAUAUAGAGUCAAGUUUGAAGCAAGUGGCAAAAUUAUAGAAGCGAGCUUACAGGAUCUGCUGCCACUUGGCGACGCGGACUUGGAGAUGUCAGAUACGUCUGACGAUAGCGACGAAGAUGACGCCGGAUCUAAUUCACUGUCACAGUCGGACGUUCAGUCAACUCACAAGUCCCUCCUGACACUACAAGUGGAUGAACCUCUGGGAAAUUGGGAGCGUCAUACGCGUGGCAUCGGCAGCAAAUUAAUGAUGCAAAUGGGAUACGUAGUCGGCACUGGUCUUGGAAAACGGGGGGACGGUAGAAUACAGCCUGUCGAAGCCACAGUAUUACCAGCAGGAAAAUCGUUAGAUCACUGUAUGGAAUUGCGUGAAUUCGCCGGCGGUGACAAAGAUUUGUUCUCUGCUGAGCGCAAGAUGCGCAAACAACAACAAAAGUUGGAGCAGCAGAGAGAAAGACAGUAUCAAAGAGAGAAAGAAAAAGAGGACAGCAAUGUUUUUAACUUCAUAAACAAAACUCUAGGCGAUAAACCUAAAGAAGAUAAUACGGCCGGUAGUUCGCGAAGCAAAGAUAAACUAAAGGCGGAAUCUAAUUAUAAUCUAAAUGUAGCUAGCUUUCAAGUGGGAAAGGACAUAAAUCGAUUGGAAAGGGAAUUGUCGAAGCUUAAAGAAUCAAUGGCGAGGCAUACUAAGGGUAGUAUAUUUUACGAUAAUAUCGCAAUGAAGUAUAACGAGAAACAAAAAGAGCUCACUAAUCUGAGAGCUUCGGAAAGGAAGAUCGUCGCCGAACAAAAUCAAAGGAAGGAUAAAGCCAAGUUGACUAUAUUUUGAUACUGAUGAGAUAAUAUGCGGUAUAUAUAUAUAUAUAUAUAUAUAUAUAUAUAUAUAUAUAUAUAUAAUAUGUGUGUGUGUGUGUGUGUGUGUGUGUGUUAGCAUGCUGUAUAUAAAGUAAGGCUAAAUAAAAUGUAUUAUCUUCAAUGUAUAUUAAGGAUGUAUCUAAUAUACAAUCGUUAACAAGUGAAAAACGAAAAAUUUGAAUAUCUGCUUCAAACGUGUUGUAAACCUAGUGAUAAGUGAUAUAAAUAGUGGCUAACAU